AUGCAGGCGCCCCUGCAGGCGCCGCGGCCGCAGCGCCGUGUCUCAUUCGGGCCGGCUCACAUGUUGCCCGGCGCGGCGGGGUCGCCCCUUUUGGGCGGCAGCGCCAGCUCGCUGGCGGCCGGUUUCGCAGGCCUGUUUGACGGCCCUCUGCCGCCGGCGCCCAUGCAGCAGGCGUCCCAGUCCGUGCUGGGCGGCGGCCCCGGCAGCCUGUUUGGGGGGCUGACGACAGGGCCGCUCGGGCAGCUGUCGUCGCAGCAGCAACAGCAGCAGGCGCAGCAGCAGCAGCAGCCAGUGUCUUCGAGCCUCCGGGGGCUGCGGCUGGACGACGAGCUGCAUGAAGCGCUGGGGCCGCUGCCGAUGUAUCCCUCACUCGGGAGCGGCGACGGCUGGGGCGCGCCGGCCUCCGCCGCCGGCGCGGGCGCGGGCGCGCCGCCGCCGCACGGCCUUUUGCUGUCCCUCUCACAGCAGCUGCAGCAGCAGCAGGCGCCGGGCCCGCCGGGCAUUGGGGCCGGAGGGUACUUGCAGCAGCAGCUCGGGCCCCAGCAGGGCGGCCCCGUCGCGCCGCGUGCGCCCCGCGCACGGCGGCACAGCAUGUUUGUGCCCGCCGGUCAUGACCCGCACGCUGCGCGCCGCAGCAGUGUUGGCAAUUACGACAAUGCUGCCCUGCUGCACCAGCACCAGCAUCACGCGGCGGCGGGGACGGCCUCGCCAGCCGGCAGUGGCGCCGGCUGCUUUGGGCCUGCUGGCAUGCCAGGCGGUCGCGGCACGCCGAACGGGUACCACUCUAGCGGCGGCCCCGCCGCGCCUCCGCCGGCGGUGACGGAGCGGCUGGCGGCGCUCGGCAUUGGCACGGGGGCGGGGCCGCCCAUCAGCCUGGCCCAGCAGCAGCCGCUCCAGCCGCAGCCGGGGCUGCAGCAGCAGCAGCCGUGGGCCGGCGGCGCCGCCGGCGCAGCGCCGCCGGGCGCGUUUGCGCCCGCGGCGCCGCGUGCGCCGGCGGCCGGUGGCAGCCGGCGGCACAGCUGGUGCCCAAGCACCCUGUAUUACCACCCUGACGGCCCCCGCGCGGCGCUGCAGACGCGCCUCGCGUACCGGGCAUUGCAGCAGCAGCAGGCCGGCGCGGCCGCCGCACUGCUGGGCGCGGGCGGGCUCGACGCGCUCGCGGCGCUGCAGCAGCCUGACAGCGGCGGCGGCGGCGGCUUCGGCGGGGGGUCGGCGCCGGUGUCGAGCGCGCUGCUCGGGAGCCAGCCGGGCAGCCCGGGGGCCGGCGGCGGCGCCAAGGCGCUGCCCUCCGGCCUCGCCCC